AGCACCGGCGGGCGGAGCGGGCGCAGCGGGUGCGGCCAUGGCGCUGAACCUGGCCAAGAACGGGCGGGCGCUGCAGGAGGCCUACGGGAGCGUGGUGGCCGCGGGGAGCCGCACGGACUGGGCUCUGUUCACCUAUGAAGGCAACAGCAAUGACCUGCGGGUUGCCGGCUCUGGAGAUGGGGGGCUGGAGGAGAUGGUGGAGGAGCUCAACAGUGGGAAGGUGAUGUAUGGCUUCUGCCGCGUGAAGGAUCCCAACUCUGGGCUGCCCAAAUAUGUCCUCGUCAACUGGACUGGUGAAGGUGUCAGUGACGUGCGGAAAGGAGCCUGCGCCAACCACGUCAGCACUGUGGCCAACUUCCUAAAGGGGGCUCAUGUCACUAUCAAUGCCCGGGCAGAGGAGGAUGUAGAGCCUGAACUCAUCAUGGAGAAGGUGGCCAAGGCCUCUGGGGCCAACUACAGCUUCCACAAGGAGAGCAGCAAGUUCCAGGACUUGGGGCCCCAGACUCCUGUGGGCUCUGUGUACCAGAAGACAAAUGCGAUGUCUGAAAUCAGGCGGGUCAAUAAGGAUAAUUUCUGGGCCAAAGCAGAGAAGGAUGAGGAGAACCGGCGGCUGGAGGAGAAGAGGAGGGCAGAGGAAGAGCGGCAGCGGCUGGAGCAGGAGCGGCGCGAGCGGGAGCUUCAGGAGGCAGCAGGGCGGGAGCAGAUGUUUAAAGCCAGAUCCAGUGAAAUCGAAGCCCAGAAGAGACUCCAGCAGCAACAGGAGGCUGAGAACAGGGACAGGGAGGAGCAACAAUGGGUGAGCUCUUGUGCCGCCACACUGAUUGCGCAGAGAGCCGUCAACCCCCGCGACAUCUUCAAGCAAAGGGAGAGAGCGGGGCCAGGGGACACAGCCCCCUCAACUCCUUUUCCAGGGAAGCUCUGCAGCCCAUUCCUGCAGAAGGAGAUGAACUUUAUACCCAGUUCUGCCUCCCCCAGCUGGAAUAUUUGGGGGUCCCCACCGGGCUCCCCAGUACCUGCCGCAGGUACAUGCUUGGCUCCCUCCACUCCCCCUUGCUUGUCUUCAGCUGAAGAAGAGAAUCUGUAUGAGGAGUCCCCGGAGCCCUCGGCCAUCUACGAGGAGCCACCUCAGGAACAAGUUGACGAUGCCAAAUAUGACUACAGGGUGGAAUACCAGGAGCCACCAGACUUGGCGGGGAAGGGGCUCUGUGCCCGGGCACUCUAUGACUACCAGGCUGCUGAUGACACCGAGAUCUCCUUUGAUCCUGAGAACAUCAUCACUAACAUUGAGAUGAUCGAUGAAGGCUGGUGGCGCGGCUAUGGCCCCGAUGGUCACUUUGGGAUGUUCCCUGCCAACUAUGUGGAACUGAUAGAGUAGAGAACUGGUUCUUGGGGGGCUGACGGGGGGGCUCCAGACCCUUGGGACUGCUCCAGACCCCCGAGACCACUCAGCUCCUGCCUGAUUCUUCCAAAUGCCACAUGGCUUUUUCUUCUCUGUUUCUCUCUCUCUCAGUGAAGUGCCAUUCCCCAGUCCCUCAGCAGUGGGCCUCCCCCAGGCGCUGCCUCCCUGUCCCUCACAGCUGCCCUUGGGUGGGUGAAGGAAGGGUCCCAUCCCACCCUGAGCCCACAGUGCUGGUCUCCCCCUCCUCCUUCAGCUUUGGAGUGGUAAGGAGGGUGUGAAAAAUCCCUCAUAGGAAUUUUCAGGGAACAAAUUACCUCCCCACUAUGCUCCCUCCCACGCCGUGACCUUGGACCUGCUGCAGCCACGCUGGAGAAGCCACUUUCCCAAUUUUAUUUCAUUGGAAAGGCUCAUCAGAAUAACUGUGGAAUCCUGCAGGGCCUGACAUGACCAGGAGAGGUGAAUCCUGGCUCUGUUCCCUGCCACCCUGAGCACAUUGAGCUUGCCAUGUGUGAUCUUGUGUUCCCUUCCCUCACCCCAAACAUGCUCGGGGGAUUUGAAUCGGGAGUGAAUGACUUUCCCUGCAGCACAGAUCCAGCCAGGCUGAGUGGGUGGGACCUCCCUCCCCACCCCCCCCCCCAAACUCACUGUGAACAAGGAAAAGCCCAGUGCAGCCCCUCCCCCACACGGAGUUUCCCACUCUGGUGUCACUUCAGGAAUAGAAGGAGAGAAUGGGCUGGGGAAUCCCAACUCACCCAACCCUCCUGCCGGUGCAGGGGGAGACAGUGGCUUCUCUGAGUCCCUCUCCCACACUCCUUCUUCUCCUUGCUUCCCCCAGGCCCUCCCCAGCUACAAUAAAAGGGCUUUUCUUUGGUGA